UUUUUUUUUUUUUUAUGAAUAGUAAAUAAAAUUUCCCUUUUAGAAAUGUUAAUAGCGGGAGCUCACUUCUCUGUUCGGCGAGUCAAGGGGGUCAUCAAACUUAGAAAAUGAUAGAAGAAGAAGAAGUCCCUUUGCUUAAGUACCAGCAAGAACCACGAAGUGAGUAUCUGGUUACACGAACAUGGCUGGAAUCAAAAAAGAUAUGGCAAAUAGCUGGACCCUCCAUCUUCAGCCGCCUUGCCAUGUUCUCCGUCACUAUAGUUACCCAAUCAUUCGCCGGACACUUCAGUGACGUGGAUCUCGCUGCCAUCUCCAUCGUUACCACCGUCAUCGUCGGCAUCACAUUCGGAUUCCUGUUAGGCAUGGCGAGCGCGCUCGAGACUCUUUGUGGACAGGCUUAUGGAGGGAAAAAGUACCAUAUGAUGGGAAUUUACAUGCAACGUUCUUGGAUUGUGCUCUUUAUAAGUUCGGUUUUAUUAGUGCCCAUGUUUAUAUUUCCAGCUCCGAUCAUGAAGCUCAUCGGUCAGACCGAGGCGGUUGCGGAGAAGACUGGUCUGGUGGCUAAAUGGCUUAUUCCGUUUCAUCUGAGCUUUCCGUUUCAGUUUUCGUUGCAGAGAUUCUUGCAGAGCCAGCUGAAGAUGGCUCCGAUUGCUUGGAUUUCCGGUGGCGUUCUAGGGCUUCAUGUUAUUUUAAGUUGGGUUUUUGUGUAUAAGAUGAGGGUAGGUCUUGUUGGCGCUGCUUUGACUAUUGACUUUGCCUGGUGGCUCUCGGUCUUGGGAAUGCUUGGAUACACUGUUUAUGGAGGUUGCCCUGAAACAUGGACUGGUUUAUCAAGUCAAGCUUUUGUUGGGCUCUGGGACUUUAUUAAGCUCUCUUUGGCUUCUGGGAUCAUGCUCUCGUUGGAGAAUUUCUAUUACAGGAUGUUGGUCAUUGUAUCUGGUUAUUUCCAAAACACUCACAUUGCAGUCGAUGCCCUUUCAAUCUGUGUAACAAUUUAUGGUUGGGAGUCUAUGAUUCCUCUUGGAUUUUUGGCUGCAACAGGGGUGCGGGUGGCAAAUGAGCUUGGUGCAGGAAAUGCAAAAGGUGCAAAGUUUGCCACAAUGAUUUCAGUAUUUACUUCCAUAUGCGUGGGACUUGGGUUUUGUUUAAUAGUCGUGCUACUCCAUGAAAAGCUGGCCAUGAUCUUUAUGUCAACUCUUCCUGUUAUUAAAAUGGUCAAUGAGUUAGCAAUCAUGUUGGUCUUCUCCAUUCUUUUCAAUUGUAUUCAGCCAGUUCUCUCAGGGGUUGCUGUGGGAUCUGGUUGGCAAUCAAAAGCUGCUUUCGUAAACAUGGGUAGCUACUACCUUGUGGGGGUACCACUUGGUGUAUUUUUCGGGUGGUAUCUGUCGUUGGGUAUUAUGGGAAUAUGGGCCGGAAUGCUUGGUGGAACCAUUGUUCAAACCGUACUUCUCAUAAUCAUCACUAUGAGAUGCGAAUGGGAAAAAGAGGUGCAGAAAGCUUGGAUGAAUAUCAUCAAGGAAGCUGCGUCCAAUUGUAACAAUUAAUUGGAGUUCAGAAUAAUGUUUGAGCAUCAUCAUUUCAUGUCGUUGCCUAGCCAGUACAUACCAGGCCCCUGGGAAGGAAAUAUGAAGAUUCAUUUUGGUGGCCUAUAUAUUGUUAAUAUGGUUCCUUCUAUAUUUUCAUCUCUAAUAAACUCAUUUUGUUUUGUUUUUGUUAAUAUUUAUUUUUGAAGGAUAAUAUGUCAUUUAUUGAAAUAAAUUCUUCAGCAUGAAGCAGAUGAUUA